GCAAACGUGCAAAAUCAGCAGGGGAUCAAAUAAUUUUUUCCCCUACUGAAUGCACACACACACACACACACACACACACGUGUAUAUAUAUAUAUAUAUAUAUAUAUAUAUAUAUAUAUAUGGGUAGCUGACAAAUAAAAAUUGGACUGUGUCCUACGGUGUGACAUACCAAAAAUGUAGGAAAAAACUUAACAUGCAAAUAACAUGAGAAAAAUGUAUCUUCAUUCUUAGAGUUAGAAAUAGCAUGAGAGAGGUUUAUCUUCAAUGUUAGAGGUUAGAAUUAAGUUAUUUCUUUUUUUUUUCAUUUCUCCGUCACACCAUAGGAUACAUUGAUACGUCAACUACCCAUAUAUAUAUAUAUAUAUAUAUAUAUAUAUAUAUAUAUACACACACAUAUGUAUGCACUUGUAUGUACACUUAUAUGUAUAUGCACAUGUAUGCACACAUGUAUAUAGUGAAAUUCAUCUUAAAAUUCCAUCCAUGAAACUGUUCUUUUAACUUUUUUAAUGAAUGAAGAAAAUAUAUUAACUUUAAGUCUAAUAUUUAUUUUCACACAUUUAAUUUGGUACUUAAACUGUGUUAUUUAUAUAUUUUGGACACAUUCUUUGCUUGUUUCAGAUGGCUGUUACUCAGCUGUUUCUAACUUGUUUAUAAUGAAGUUAUAUUUGUUACAUUAUUUUAGCUCUAGUCUUGUGGAUGGAUGUCUGAUAGGCCAUUUUUUAUUUGCACUGGCAUGUAUGUCACUUAUUCAGAAUAGGCAAGGCUGUUAAAAUAGCUUUAAGGACACAUUCUGUUGUGGUCAGGUUAAAUGGAUUACAAAAAGUACUUAUGUGCUGGUUUUCCAGACUUAUAAGCAUCUCUUUAUCACAAGCGCAGUUUUCUUAUAGAAAACAGACCGUCAGUAUAUGAAUGUCUUGAAGCAAACUGGUUAGCAACUACAUAAGCUUCUAAAACAAGGCUAGUGAGUGCAUGGCAAGAUGUGAGGGAAUCACAUUUUUUUAAUAUAUAAAAUUCUCAUUGUACACACAGUCAUCAAGCAUAUCUUUGCAUGGUAUUCUGCUGAAUAUGCAGAGGAGUCUUGUUUCUCACAGGAAGUGUAUACAGUAGCAGCUAUGAGUAAUGUAUAUUUCACGACAAACACGGUAUGUCUGUUCUCUCCACAAAUGCUAAGCAUCAUGGUUUCAUCUUGAAUUAAUGUAUUUUCAUAGCAAAUUUAGCCCUUCAAGUUUAAAUAAGAGGGCCUUGUUUUGUGUUUUUUGGUUCAUACCUUUUGGUUUGCUGAUAAUUAUUCAUAUCUACUGUGUAUAUAUGAAGAUUUUGUUGCCAAUGAGGUGUAAUCUUUUUGAUAUGGUCAGUCCUCAAGUAGUGUAUUGAUGAAGGCCAACUGGAAUCUAAUGCUGGAAUCUGUUGAUUUGUAUAUUUGGUGUAAGUGAAUUGUGGUACAUCCAAAUAGACACAUAUGUAAUCUUGCAAUUAUUAAUAAAUGACUGAUUAAAUCGUAUUAACUUCUGUUCGUUAAUAUUGUGUAUUUAAAGUUAAUAUCUAUGGUUUCGUUACCUCUCAGGAACUUUCUAUUCUGUUUGUCUCCAAACGUGAAGGUAUUUAACGUUACACAAACAUCCUCGAACAAUUGAGAAAUCAACUGUUGUCAUGCACGCCUCGCAGUUGUUUGUUUCAUAUUCAGUCAUUUGUUUAGCUGGUGUUUUUGUACCGUCUUGCUGUUAAACCACAACCAGUAAACUUGAACAACAGCGGAAGGUCCAACAUCGCGUUCUAAUCGCCUGAUCAAACACCUGAAGCGAGAAUGACCAAUCAAAUACAAGAACUGGUCACUAUGGAAACACUGAACACUAAAACAGGAAAGAGCAAAGCAGCGCUAAGGAAAUCCAGGUGGUUUCAACAUAUUAAUCAUCGUUUUGUUUCACUUCUCUACAUCAGAUAGGUGUAGGAUGGCAGGUACAUCGCGGCAUGACCGAGAGAUGGCAAUCAGUGCCAAGAAGCAGCUGGCGAAUUGUGAAGACCCCAUUGAACGUCUGAGGCUACAGUGUUUGGCACGAGGGUCUGCAGGAAUCAAGGGACUGGGCAGGACUUUUAGGAUCAUGGAUGAUGAUAACAGUCGCACACUGGACAUGAAAGAGUUCCUGAAAGGCCUGAGUGAUUAUGGUGUGCUCAUUGAGAAAGAAGAGGCCAUGAAACUUUUUCAACAAUUUGACAGGGAUGGCAGUGGAUUAAUUGAUUUUGACGAGUUUCUUAUCACUCUGAGGGUGACAAAAGAUGAAUUCUGGAACUAUUACAGUGGACCACCCAUGUCUAAUGCCAGAAAGGAGGUGGUGCAACAGGCAUUCAAAAAGCUGGAUAAGACCGGAGAUGGUGUGAUUACAAUCGAGGAUCUGAGAGGAGUAUACAAUGUCAAACAUCACCCCAAAUACAGAAACGGCGAGUGGAACGAAGACCAAGUAUUCCGCAAAUUCCUGGACAGUUUUGACUCUCCAGAUGACAAGGAUGGGAAGGUCACAAAAGAGGAGUUUUUGAACUACUACUCCGGCGUGAGCGCAUCCAUUGACACAGAUAUCUACUUUAUAUUAAUGAUGAAAAAUGCAUGGAAGCUUGACUAAACUAUUUUGGGUAAAGAACAAAGACAGUCAACCUUCAGCAAAAGUAUGUCUUGACCCUGUCAUGACUCUGUUAAACAUUUCAUAAUAGAUUUUGUGAUAAACUUUAAUAUGUAUAUUAAAGUUUAUAAAAAGUAUACAAACAUUUUUAGCACAGUUUUGACAGGGUUGAGUCUAAAAUAAGGUGCCAAUUUACCUUUGGUGUCUAACAACUAUUAACGUUGGUGUUUUGGGAAUCUUCCACACAUGAUCAAAAAAAAUCAACCAAUUAAUUAUUGCACACAGUGUUUCUCACCGAAGACAAGCAGCUGCACUGGUGAAUGUAUUGUUUUAUUCCAGAAUCAGCCACACCAUCUAACAAAUGCAGGUGGUGUGGUAUUGUUGCCUGAGUCGUAUGAUUGUAUGCAUCCUCUUUAUUUGGCUAUUGAAAGCUGUCUUUGCACCUGUUCAUAUUUCUGUGAGAAACACUCAAAAAUUCAAAUACAAAUGAUUUUUGUUAUUAAUUGACUCCAAAAUUGUUCUCUUUCUUUCCGGGUUGGGAUUAUCCUUCUGCUUUGUGGUUUUGGUGAUGAGGGUCUCUGAAAGGGCUACCAGUUUGUUUUAUAACAUUAUUUUCUCUUUUCCAUUUACAGGUGACAAAAGAUGAAUUCUGGAACUAUUACAGUGGAGUCAGUGCUUCUAUUGACAAUGAUGUAUAUUUUAUUUUAAUGAUGAAAAAUGCAUGGAAGUUAUGAGGGGUUAUGCUUUUAAACCAAUUGAUAAUGCUUGUGAAAUCAAAGCAAGUUAGUCUUCAUAAACCUGACACAACUGAAAUGUGAUUUAAGGAUAUUAAUAAUGAAUCUGGAAAAUCAAAUAAUAGAAGUACUGUAGAAGCUUAAAUUGUGUGUAAAAUGUGAGCUUGGUCAGUGGUAACUGUUUUUAGGGUAAAUCGCUGCGUCAUAUUUGUGCUGAAACCAGUGUGGUAUAUAUGAUGCAUGAAAGUCUUGUAAUUCAAAUUUAUUUAUGCAUGCUAUGGCAGAUGCUAUUUUACAAAAUGCGACUCAUUUAAGAAAUGUUUAAUAAUGGUUAUAAAAAUUAGAAGUCUCUUCAGAUUCUACGUUUA